AUGUCCUUGUGCAGGCGGUGGGGGGAAGAGGGGGGAACGAACGGUUUCGAGUCCAGUCAGCUGCCAGGCGCUGUAAAUGCAUUGUGUCCCGCAGGCUGGGAGGAGUUGUGUCAUUCAACUACCCAUCUAAUGAUCUAUAUUAUUACCGGGCGGGACCAACACAAGUUGGGCGUCUUGUUGUCAUGUCAAGUCAUUGUCACACCCCGCCUUUCUGGUCAGGUCAGCCAAGGCCAAGCUGUGACCGGGGCGGAUCCUGUGGAGGGUGGUGUUGUAACUGCCAAGGAACCCAAGGCACAGAAGCAUCAAGCAAGAAGAAAAUUUCAAAACAGGUACAUGGGGGGGCAACUAAUGGAAAAGAAUUGCCGCAAACGCAGGCAAAAGUACGAUGCGGGCUCUAGCUAUUCUGACCAAGUUAGCGCCGCUGGACAGUGUCUCGGCUGCGAGCGGCGACGCCGAGGCCCAAGUCAACUGACCAGGCCCGACGCCACGGCCAAAUGGCAGCAGACAGUCGGGAAAGGAAACGAGCACCAGGCAGUUGAAGAGGUCAUGAACUCGGGUCAUCAAACCGGGUUUGGCGCCCUAAAUAGACAACUACCUACCCAAGUGAGUGGCCUGACCACCUUAUUUUUCCCUCCCGCUUGGCCCAACCAACCUCACUCAAACAACCACAUCGAGCCGAGUCUCUUCUCCUUCCUCCUCUUCGACUCGUCUUUUUUGCAACUCGACUUCUCUCUCUACUCUCUCGACCCCAUCUGCUCUCGCCUCUCGCUCCGGCGCUGCCCUCGCGCCCAAAUGCAACACCCGCCUCUCUACACACCGUUCCCUUCAUCGCCACUUCCUCGCUCCGCAUCCGACACCACCACCACCAUCAUGUUCACCCAGCCCGUGCCGCCACCCACCGCGCCGCCUCAGCCCUCCAGCACAGUCUCGCCCUCGCGCUCCUCUCGUCUGCGCGGCCUCAGCUACCUGCGAAACUAUACCCACAAUCACAUUCUCUCGCGCGACGCCUCAACCACUAGCUCUUCCUCUGCCGCCGCCAACACCAACAGCAAUACAAACGCGUCGAGGCAGUCGGCCGGCCUCACUAGAUCUGCCUCGUACACGCCUGGCGCUCUGCUUAGCCCGGCGCCUACACCGACCAACAUGAACCGUCUCAGCCUCGUCAGUUCCACCCCCGAGACUAGGCCGGCCCGAUCAUGCGCCGCCUCUGAUUCCAUCCCCGAGUCCACGACGGAACAAUCUAGACCUCAAUCCCACAUGGAAACCCCCGCCACCCCUUCGGACAGCGAUGAUGCUGCCACUGCCAUGCCAACAUCUGCUCCCGUCGACGCCCCAGCUUCCUCUCCCACUUCUUCUUCCGCAGCCGGUCCCAGCAACAGCACCGCCCCCGACGCCGCGCCCUCACCCUCGAUUCGCUUCUCCUCCUACUUUGACCAGCGCGCCUCGAGGCCCUCGCUUACCUUUUCCCCCAUCACCCGCACACUGCCCACCGGCACAGAGGUCAUACGUGUCGGCCGCUUCUCAGAGCGCGACGCCCAUCCCCUCGCCAGCGUCUCUGGAAAUCAGCCCUCGGCUGCCAACGUCGGCUUCAAGAGCAAGGUCGUCAGCCGCCGCCAUUGCGAGUUUUGGCACGAAAACGGCAAGUGGUAUAUCAAGGACGUCAAAAGCUCCUCGGGCACCUUUCUCAACCACAUCCGCCUCAGCCCCCCGUCCCAGGAAAGCAAGGCCUUUGCUGUUAACGACGGUGACAUUGUUCAGCUCGGCAUUGAUUUCAAGGGUGGUGAGGAAAUGAUCUUUCGCUGCGUCAAGAUGAGGCUCGAGCUCAAUCGCGGAUGGCAAAAUAAGCCAAACUCUUUCAAUGUCGCCGCUCACAAACGUCUUCGCACCAUGGCCUCGGCCAACACGGCCGCUGGUGGUGCUGCCAACUCCUCCCAGGACUGCUCCAUCUGCCUCAACUCUAUUGCUCCCUGUCAAUCCCUCUUUGUCGCUCCCUGCUCCCAUACGUGGCACUACAAAUGCGUCAAAUCACUUCUCAUGUCGCCCUCAUACCCAGUCUUCAUCUGUCCCAACUGCCGCGCCGGCGCCGAUCUCGAGGCCGACGUCGAGGAACCCUCGGAGGAAUGGGGAAUGUUUGACGAGCCAGAAAAGGACCAAAAGCUCGAUGCCAUUGCCGAGACAUCAUCUGCCCCCGCUGAGCCUCAAGUCUCCGACCCUGACCGCAUGGACAUUACGAUAAGUGAAUCCGCAGACACGCCAGAAGCCUCUAAUCACAUCGCCCACGCGAUAUCCUCGCCGCUGCCUAUCAGAAACGCGUCGGGUGCUCGCCGGGGCACACCUUCACCACCCCGUCCAGGUGCCGAAGGUCCCAUUACCCCGAGAAAUGACAUUGGACCUUGGGUGCUCGAUGGACGUGCGGGUCGUGAGUCGUCUCAAGUGCAAAUGACAAGCCUCGACGCUGCAGCCACGGAAAUGGACGUCACUAUUCUCGCCGGCGACGAAAAUGCACAAUAG